AUGGCCCUCGGGACCGUGUCUCAGAGGACGCACAGUCUGACUUUGCCGGAAAGUCCGUAUGGCGAAGUCCUUCAAUAUUCGUUGCCGUUCUUCCAAGCCCUGUUCCGCGACAGAUCCUGGCCCAUUCUCACGGAGUUGGUUGUCGGUUUCAACAGGUUAGAAGAGUCUCCUUCGGUCAUCACCGGGAUUCUCUCCCUCACAAAGGCGCGCUUUCCCAAACUUCAACGCCUCACCCUCAACAUUGUCCUCCCCAUCGAAUCGACGCUAUUUCCUCAGCUCACAAAGCUCGACCUCACAGGUCCUACGAUAGAAUGGCCUUCUCGGGAAGGAUUCCUCGCCUGCCUCUCUCGCUCUUCCCGGCUCGAAGAGCUGUCUAUCGACCGAAUGGGCGGCCCGAUAUUAGUCGUGCCACACACACCAGCAUCGACACUCCAACUCCCUUUGACGCUUCCCCGUCUGCGUUCGUUGCACCUUGGUUCCGCCAGUCACGGCGAAAUGGCGCUACUCCUUCAAGCCAUCCCUCUCGUUCCUGCCGACGUUGGUGUGAACAGCCUCAACACCCGAGAUUGGCGCCAACCUGACGCUCCUGCAAACACCCACCCCGAGCUCAGUCUCAGCAUCGUCGACGCUUUCUUCCCCGAUCGCCAGGAGACGAUGCCAAUCCCCUUCCCCCGCUCUGUACGGUGUCUCAGUGUCCAUGCGAACGCCUUUUGGGCAGGGAUCACCGGCCAUCCCCACUCCGUCCGAGGAGAGUCGACCGUCUCGUUCAAAUUGCACGCCUCGCGGGGCACCGAGCCGAGCCGGUACAACCUAUCGCACGGCAUCGACGACAUCCUCACCCUCUUCCGCGACGUCCCCUUGACCCAAAUCAACCUCGUCACCGACUGCAGCUACCGCGCCGACGGCCGGUGGGACGAGCUCUUCGCCGCGUUUCCGACGCUCGAAGACCUCUGGCUCUCCGCCGUGCCCGAAGGCGACCCCCUCGCCCUCUUCCGUGCGCUCACCCCACGAGGCGAACAUCGCAGCCCCUGUCCCGCUCUCUGUCGGCUGAGCUUCAGCGGUAUGCCUGGGCAGGUGACGCCGAUCUUCGAGGCGGCGAUCGAGUGUCUCGAGGCACGAGCAGGGCGCGGCAUGCAGCCGCUACAGGAGCUCGUGCUGCGGGUGGACGCACCGAAGCCCCAUCAGGAGUUCGAGCCGUAUCUCGAGCGGCUGAGGGCGCUUGUCGCAGGGAACGUCGGUCUCGAGGACAUUGAGGCCUUCGGGAGCGUCGUCGUCGGCCGCGUCGGCCCCGGGUAUGAGCUUCUCUUCGAAGGGUCCCGUUUCGAUCGCUUAAAUGGCGUCGAAACGAUGCCUGUUGUGGUGCUGCUGGCUUGGAUGGACUUUUGA